AUGGCACUGGGGAAGAAGUUGGUUUUGUGUCAGUGGCUUCCACUUUUGUGUCAGAAGAAGAGCCGAAGCCAGAGUGAAGACCUUGCUCUCAGCCACAAAAAGAAGACCCGUAUGUUACCUGCCUUCCAGCAGCCUAAGACCCCAUGGCUUCAGAGGCAGCUAAAAUAUCCUCGAAAGAGUGCGCCCAGGACAAGCAAGCUUGACGACUAUGCUAUCAUCAAAUUCCCACUGACCACCAAGUCAGCCAUGAAGAAAGUAGAGGACAACAACACUCUUGUGUUUAUUGUGGAUGUCAAGGUCAACAAGCACCGGGUCAAACAGGCUGUGAAGAAACUCUAUGACAUUGAUGUGGCCAAAGUCAAUACCCUAAAAAGGCCUGAUGGGGAGAAGAAGGCGUAUGCUCUCUUGGCUCCUGAUUAUGAUGCUCUAGAUGUUGCAUACAUGGUUAGGAUCAUCUAA